AUGCCACACGCACCAAAGACUUCCGUAAACAAGGCCAAAAUGCAGACCAAGAGGAGCGCCUGGACUCCCCUGAACCACGCUCCGUCCAACAGUCAGCUUUUUGAAGAGAGACGGGCUCUUUUGUCCAAAUGGUUUUGCAUGUGGACAGAUGAUCAGAAGAAGACCAUCCUCCAGGACCUGAUUCAGAGCUGUUCUUUGGACCAGCUGAUAAUCCUCAGCAGGAGCAUCAGCAGACGGCUCCCCCUACAGGCCACAGACUUUACCUGCAUGCUGCCCCGUGUCCUGAGUCUCUACAUCUUCUCCUUCCUGGACCCUCGCAGUCUCUGCCGCUGCGCACAGGUGAGCUGGAGGUGGAAGAGCCUGGUGGACUUGGAGCAGCUGUGGAUGGUGAAGUGUGUGAGGAGAGGAUGGUUUCUGGACGUCAGCCCGACUCCGUUUGAAGUGUGUGUGUGGAAGAGACACUACAUCAGCACCGUGGAGAGGCUCCGGAGCGAGGCCGCACAGUGGUUGUGGCUCCAGCAGCAGAGAGCAGCUGACAGUCCUCUUGGUCCUGGCUCUGGUUCUGGUCCUGGUCCUGAUCCUAUAGAACUGUGUUUAGAGGACGCUCUCCUCACUGACCCUGGUCCAGUGUUGCCCAAAAAGAGCACAGCGAAAAAGACAAAACAUUGGAGCAGGUCGUCUCUGUCAUUGCCUCCGUGGAGAGACGCGGACCGCAAACCCAAAGACAUUGUGCGAUUUAACUACCUGGACAACUCGCUGGAUGUUGCUGUCAUCAAACUGCAGACCUGCCCAGCUUCCACAGUCUCCUCUGGACCAAUCAGAGCCCAGGAUUCACACCCCAGCAUCCCUGAAGAGGCUCCUGACAGAGUCCCGGUUCAACGCGGGGGUCCGCCCUGGUCCGGUCUGCUCCACUGUCCCCCGGCUGAGUGCACAGGGGCUGCGGACCGCCCAGAGAUCCCACAGAAGCAUCCCCUCUGCACCAUUACUGCACUACAUUCAACCUUGGACUGUGAGCUCUCUGCAUACAUAGCAGUGGCGCCCUCCUCAGGACACCAGAGGAGCUACAGACAGACAGAAGUUCCACCCCUAUGGUUCCACCUGAAGUUAAUACACUAG